CUUUAUCAGCCCCUGAUGAGGAUCUCCCCCUCCCCCUCCUCCAGCUCCCCCCGGCCCGCCUCCUGCUCGGGCCAUAAGAGGCGGCGGGGCCGGCGCUGGCGGCGCGAGGCCGGGGGAGGCGCGCCCGCAGCCAUGAAGCCGCCGCAGGCGCGCGCAGCGCUGCUGGAGGACGGCGGCGGGGGGGACCUGGCGGAGGCUCUGGGCGAGUUCGACGCGGUGCUGGCUGAGUUCUCCUGUCCCGCCGGACGGCGCCGCUUCUGCUUCGAGGAGCACCUGGAGCGCAUGAAGCGGCGCAGCAGCAACAGCAACAGCGAGGGCAGCGGCCUCAGCGACUGCGACAGUGCAGAUUCACUCUGCAGAAAUAGUUUCAGCCUCAGUGAUGAAAAGCUUAACUCUCCAACUGCUACUCCAAGCUUGCUGUCUCCCUCAGUAACUCCAUGUAAAGCAAAGCUUGGAGACACAAAAGAACUGGAAGAAUUCAUUGCUGAUCUUGACAGGACACUAGCAAGUAUGUGAAAUGAAUCUUUGGCAUUGUGCUUGUCUGUGAAUGUCCUCUGAAGGAUAAGUGACAUCAGUCACUGAGAGCUGCUGCCCUUGUCUGAUAACUUUGCUACCCAAGAUAUUCAUGUUCUCAACAUAACCGUUGUAAACUCCUAUAAGUAUUUAACAGGCAACAUCGGUUUUGUUACUUUGCAGCAGAUGGAAUAAGAUAACUUAAGUGUUGCAGCUGUAUUUUGCUUUAAAAUAUAGCUUGAAUUGUAAUUUAAAGUUGCUUUUAUGAAAAUAUAUUUGUAAUUUUAUGUAGGUGAGAACUUUUAAUGCUUUUUUCCAUUAUAAUAUAUUUUUGUAUGUAAAUAAACCCUGAACUGGAAUCCAGAUGCCUGAAAGCUUCAUGUGAACGUGCAAACUCUGAAACGGAAGUAGAAAUUAAGCUCUUUUCCUGUCAGGCAAAAUGUAUUGUGCUGGCUUAAUGUGGAAUUUCAUGUUUUUCUUUUCAAAUUGCUUAAAUAAGAGAGUUUUGUACUAUGUAUAAUUACUACAGUCAGGAAAAUAAUAAAAUUGGUGCAAGUAUUACUUCAGAUUUGCUUUUCUACAAAUGAAAGAACACUAAAUUAGUACUUGAAUGAUGAUGCCUGUUUCAAACCCCAUGCAAAAGCCAGCUUUGUAAUUACUUACAUGCUACAUGAAGUACUAGCUGGGAGGUCAGACGUUUAGGCCCAUGGGCUUAAAUUAUGGAGAUCCUGUAGCACCAAGAAAAUACUUAAGUGUCUGGAUGUUUCUGAUAGCAGACCCUUGGGUCCAAAACAGUCUACCAGUCUAAAAAGACUUCCUGGCUGUCAGUGUUGUGCUGGAAGAGUGGAAGGUGAACCUGUGUUUUUUACAAGGAACCUGAUUCUUUCCAUAUGCGUUAGGCACUGGAGAUGUCAUUAUGUGAGCUCUCCUCCAGCUGCUGCAGGCAUUACACUUGGCUCUGCUGUCUGAGCUACUUGUGCAGUUGCUUUCUGAUCUGUUCAGACCAAGUGAGAUGGGCUUCUUUGAACUCCAGGUUUUAUUUAGACUGAAGCAGGCUAGCAAGCAGUUGCACUAGUGGUUCAGAUAUUGUGCCCCCUUGGUCUGCUGUCACCUUGGAGUGUGUCGGUGUCUGGAGAAGGAUGUGUCUGGGCUUGUGGCACAGCUGCCAGCCAGUUACUUAAAUCCGUUAAAAACUAGAUUUGGACCUGCCUUCUGCAGCCUAGGGGAAAGCAUUGUGUAGACUGGGAACACCGUGAGAAUGAUGCAAAUCAGUGUCCCAGCUUUAGAUUUUCCAAAAGUUGACAACAACAUGGGGGUCUUGUUAAACACAGUAUGAUUCAUCCAGUUUUAUUCAUUAGUAACAAAAUGAAAUUCUGAACUGGGUACAUUUUAGUAACUAUCUUGAGUUGUAUGUGUUUUUUCAUUCUUUCAGGCAGAACAGCAGUGUAGGGUGGUGGAUGGAGUGUUUUUCUGGAAAGGAAAGACUCUCUUCAAGGCUUCCUGCUGCACAUUCAGUUGGUAAAUUGUCCUUUGGAAUAGAAAUGGAGUGAACUGAUUCAGGAGGGUGAAGUUUCAUGUUGCUGUGGGUGAACUGUCAAGUCUGAGAAGGAAGGUGGGAUGAUUCAAAUCUUGAGAGGUGGGCCCAUGUGAACCUCAUGAAGUGUUACAAGGCCAAGUGUGAGGUCCUUCACUGGGGUUGGGGCAAUCUCAAGCAUAAUUACAGGCCGAGCAGAGAAUGUAUUGAGAGCAGCCCUAAGGAGGAAGACUUAGGAAAGCUCAACAUGACCAGGCAGCGUGUGCCUUUGCAGCCUAGAAAGCUAGCUGUAUCCUGGGCAUGACAAACAGGUCAAGGGAGAUGAUUCUCCUUGUCUGCUCUGAGAGCUCUCCUGCAGUACUGCGUUCAGUUCUGGGUCCCACAGCACAAGAAAGACAUAGACUUGUUAGAGAGGUUCUAGGGAAGGGCCAUGUAAAUGACCAUCGGGCUGGAGCUUUUCUUCUAUGAACACAGACUGAAAGAGUUGGGCUGGUUCAGCCUCAAGAAGAAAAGUCUCUGGAGAGACCUCAUAGCAGCCUUCUAAUAUCUAAAGGGGGCUGACAGAAAAGGUAGGGAGGGACUUUUUACAAGGGUAUGUAGCAAAGGGUAACAGCUUUAAACUAAAAGAGGGUAGAUUUAGAUUAAAUAUAAUGAAAAAAUUCUCCUUAAGGGUGGUGAGGCACUGGCACAGGUUGCCCCGGGAAGUUGUGGCUUCCCCAUCCCUGGAUGUGUUCAAGGCCAGGUUGGAUGAGGCUUUGAGGAGCCUGGUCUAGUGGAAGGUGUCCCUGCCCGUGGCAAGGGGGUUGAACUGGGUGAUCCUUAAGGUCCGUUCUGACCCAAACCAUUCUAUGAUUCUGUAAUUCAAGUCUGAGACAGUGAUGUGCUUCUGUAUGCUCUGAGACCCCCUCAGAGGCUCCUGCACAGCUGGAAACCCAUUUUGAACAGCAAGGUAGGCUUGCUCCGGCAAAGCCUGAACACUAUGGAAAUUCACUGCUGCUACACUAUAAACACACAGGAGUAAAUUCUCCUUUUGGCUGCCUCUGUGAAACUGAGAAGGGAGCCUGGCCCUUCUCCCCAUUCCCAGAUGCAAAGGGAUGUUUUCCUGUGCAAAGCCAGGGAGGGGGAUUCCCUUGGCUGAUGUAGGGCUUACUGUCACAUAGAGAGGGAGAGGCACUGCACCUUUCAGUAGGAGCUGAAGGAAGACGAACAGGGAGAGCAGAAACAAGCUCAUCCUUUUGUUUCAAGAAACUUCAUUAGCGUGUGGUGUGUUUUUAAAGCAGCAUGAAGAGCAGCAGGAGUUUUGGCUGGCUUUCUGCAUUUCCGUGCUUUUCGGUAGGGUGAAUGAUAGAUCAGUGGUGAACGGCAGAUGUUACUUUCCCAAAGGCAGAAUACUAACUGACUAAGCGUGUGUUAAACAAGCCAUGAGUAUCAGAGGAGGCCACUUCAAAUGAUCCUGAGGGUGGGGGAGAGAUGGCCAGCUGUUUGUUCCUCAGAUUGGAUUGUUUGAGGUAUCAGGCAUGACUUUUCCACCUUCUCUCUUGCACAUUCAGUUGUCGCUCAGUCCUCUUGCACACUUUGGGCCUAUAAUUGGUAUUUAAAGCUGGAUGUUGCCCUUUAUAGAGGGAAAUGACCAAAUCAGUACCGUACAUUGGAAUGGCAACGCGCUGUCCUUGCUUUUGAACUUGCUUGUCCAUACUUCUGAACACUUUUUCCUAUAUAAGCAAAGGUUUAAAUUAGGCAAGGCAUGUUCCUCAUUUUGUGUAACGCCUGUUGGAGAUGGAGUUGGGAAUUAAGUCACCAUCUGUUUGAGUUUUUUAAUCUUAUUUACGCGUGAACAAGUGGAGACUUAUGUAUGCUUCUAAAACAGUUCUGGAGAUCAUCAGAUAUAAAACCUGGGAUUGUUGUCUGCGGAGCUGUAGAUCUGAAUUCCCUCCAGUUUGUUAUUCUCAGUUUUGAAUGCCUUGCUCUAUUAGAAAGAAGGCAGUAAUGUAGAUGUCAUUUCACUGGAUUGUUCUUAUGACUUAAGUGCAUCAUCUGUUUACAUAUGGCACAGAAAAAAGAGAAAAAUUCCUGCCCUACUCCAGCCUCAGUGAGCAUUGCUGGAGGCUGCACUCCAGCCUGACUUUAAUCCUUGAGGAUUUGACCUCCCUUUUGUGCUGUGAUGCUACGUUUGGAUUCAGAAGAGAGCCUCUCAGUCCUGUCGUGCCAACACCACCCAUCCAAAAAUGGAAAUUAGGAGCUUAGACUAAGCAGAUGUAUUGCCGUGGCUUAACGUGUGUAAAGUGAGGUACAGCAGUCAUUUGCUUGUGUGCUCUACCUAUUGUAAAUUCAAGGUUAAAUGGAUUAGUUUAAACCGCCAUCACUGAGACUUGAGCUGACGUGUCUUAUCUUGGGCUUGCUAUUGACUGUGUGCAUCCUUAGUUCCAUCUCCAAGGCUCAGCUGAUAUGUGGUAAUAUAUUAAACUUGGUAACGUGCUCAUUUUUGUGAGCUCUUAAUAAAAGACAGAAAAGAGUCAAAGGAUGGU